CUAGGCUUAAAAACCCCGGUCCCCAGGGUGAUUUAAAUAUUUAAACAACCGGUCCGCAAUGUGUUAAAAAAGGUGAUAGAACUGAUAUAGCAAAUCAUAGGUCAAUAUCUUUAUUGACCUCUUUUUCUAAGAUUUUUGAAAGAAUCAUAUAUAAUACAUUACAAUAUCAUCUGGACAUUAAUAAUAUAUUGGCACAGGAACAACAUGGUUUUCGAACUAAACUGUCCACUGAAUCAGCCAUUUAUGACUUAAUAAAUACCAUUCUAACAGCAACAAAUAAUAAACUUGUUGUGGGAGGCCUGUUCUGGGACUUGACCAAAGCAUUUGAUUGUGUAACUCACACAGUACUUCUUGCUAAGCUUGAGUUCUAUAUUUUGGUGAAAGAUAUUUAUUGAAUUUAAUAUUUCUGCAUUUUGUCUAUGAAUUUUCAAGACGGCUGGACUGCAUUUAAUAUAUGUUAGGCUUCUUGGUGCUUUUGAAUUUAAUCUAAAAAAGGAGAUGACCUAGCACUGGUUAUAAUAGGAAUACUGCUUAUACCUCACGCAUGACCACCAACCCUCUCAGCAAUAGGUUGUGUGAGCCUCAUCUUGCCUCAAGAGCUCAGGUGCAGGCCAUGAAUUGUGUAAUAUUCCCUUGCAACUGAUGACAUGUCAUGACCCAUCAGGGCCUGAUCAAGCCUUAGAUUCAUGCUCCUAACCCUCCCAUUCAUCCAUGAUUUGUCAUGCCUCUCAAAGAGGCUGACAAAUCCCACAUUGGUGUUUGAUGUCCUCUACAACAUAGUUGAGAUCAUUUUCAAUUGAAUAUUGAUAGUUUCUAUCCAGGCUGUUUCCUGGCCCUCCCACUAUAAUAAUAUGAUCUUGCUAGGUAGGGCCUUUACCGAACUUCCCUAUAUACUCAACAACCUUUGCAAGAGGAGCAUUUGGUUUGAAAAUGCUACAUAUGGAAAAUUUAGUUCCCAGAUUUUCUUGAAGCAUGAGCCCAAUUUCCCUACCAUGACUACUUCCCAGUAAUUAGAUCUUUCUUUUAUUUUUCUCUCUCUUCAUUGUGAUAGAUUUUAGUUCCCUGUCUUUAUGCUUAAACAAAACCGGGGUUUGCUGACCCAAUUCCAGUGCAUCUGUUUCUAGUACACUGAAUUUAUUGUUCAGCUGAACUUGACUAGUAUCAUUUGCAGAGAACCUACAGAACCUGGACUUGGAAUUUUUUGGUUUUUUCCAAUUUCCUCAAUUAUCCUGCUGCAUGAAGUUACUGCUGACAUUACCCCAUUUCAGCUUACAAAUUUCCUCUCUAGCUACCUUUUAAUUCUUUUUCCAGGUGCCUGAUUCUCUCCUCCUGUUGCUUCACAUGUUUCUGGUACUUACAUGGGAUACAAUACCAUGGCUUGCUCCUAUUUGGUGUACUGGGGCUAGUGCUUGCACAGUUUAAGUGGAAGCAGUAGCCACAGUCUGUACAAAUUAGGCCAUUAGUGACCCACCUAUGACAUGCUCCACAUUUACCAGAAAGGCUAUUUGUAUCAGACAUCAUCACAGAUAUGAAUAUUAAUAAUAUAUUCCUUUUUCCUAGACGCUAUUAAUGUAACUUCAAAACUAAAAUUAGAACAAAUUCUUUUAAGGUGACUGACUGUUCAGAUUCGAUUGUCAGGAGUUAAAAUCUCAAAUUCCUGUGCACUUCACUUGUAUAUCACUAAAUGAAUACAGUAACAGAUUAUCUGACUAAUAAUUUUAUUAUUUAUAUUCAACACUUCGGGAAAAAGAAACGAAGAGAAAAACACUAUUGUGAUGAAUUUCACUCGAAAUCACUUUUUGAUGCACUUCACUGUGAAAUUGCUAGUACACUUACAAUUCCAGUAAUUAAUAAUCCAGAUUCAAUAAACCUCAAUUCACUCACACAAAUAACAGACUAGAAUACUAUAUUACAAUGAUACAGAAUUUUUACAGAAACUGAGUUUCGGAGUCUGUAAGUGUAACAUGUAGGCCAAUGUGGCGGAGUAUUAGGCGGCAAAGCAACAGAUCCGCUGGUAUAAUUGAAUUCCCUUAUUUCUCAACAAAAUCCUCAUUAAGUACAAAGAAAUUAAUAUUCUUAUUUAUGCUAGCAGCCGUAUAAUUUGUACUGAACGUUUAAAAUAAGAGUAAAUGAGUUUCUUGCCAGACCAUGAUUUGAAAACCGACCAUGUAGAGACAGGGCAACCAACUGUCUUGUUCUGUCAAGGAGGUUGAGGAGGUUAUGGUUAUAUUGUUCGAGUAAAGACUAAAAGGCAAUGUUAUCCGUACGCUUUCUUUUAAGGAUUACAAGUUUGCAGCAGCCACCUUUAUGUCAGUUCCAUAAAUUGACCGGAACUCUUUUCUGUAAUUCGAAACAUGAAGACCCAUCAAGCAAGGACUCUGAAGGCACACUAAAGCCAAAGAAAAAUGAAGAAGCAGUAAAGAAACUGAAUUUACUGCUGGAAUCAAUGGCAAAGGAGGAACAUAUAGCAUCUUCGUCUUCUGGAAUUGGUGCACAGCUGGCCAGACCACCAGUUAAGCUCAAAAAGAAGCAAGUUAACAUUGAAAAGUCCCUUACUGAAGCAACAAAGGAAGUUGCUGAAGCCCUAGGAGGAGACGUUAAACAGACAGAGUCAGAACUGUUAAACAAACUUUUGGCCCCCUCACAAGCUCUAAAAGAAAAUGACACUGAAGCACAGAAACCGUUUGUAAGCUUGAGAGAUCUUAUAUCGGGAAUGAAAAUUGAUCGGAAUAAGGGGACUGGAUAUUUGAGUGAGGAGGGGCGAGCACAACGAGUUCAUAGGAUCCUUGAGGGCCGUAAGAUAGCCACUGCAAAAGAAAGGGAACUCUCUAUUAGAGAAGUUGUUAGGGAGCAACAACGAACUAAAAUAUAUGAUGACAAAAUAGAUAUAUUUGGUGGUGAACCUCUUGGUAUCUUCAAAGUACCAGAAUCACAAGCAGACACGUCUGAUGUUCCACCAGAGCUCACCACGUGGCAUCGCCUUGAAGCUCGUGAACUUCGUUUAGCUGUGACACAUCCCCCAUCCAAUAUAUUUGAGGAAAUGAUUCAGUGGACUGAACAAGGGAAGUUGUGGCACUUUCCAGUUAACAAUGAACAAGGUCAGGUCGAGGAGUCAAAAGUAUAUUUCACAGAACAUGUUUUCUUGGAGCAUCAUUUGGAACCAUGGUGCCCAAAGAAAGGGCCUGUCCGUCAUUUUAUGGAGUUGGUGUGUGUUGGACUUUCUAAGAACCCUUACAUUACUGUGCAGAUGAAGCUUGAGCACAUUAACUGGUUUCAUAAUUAUUUUGAAGAGAAAAAGCAAAUUUUGCAGGAUACAGGAGCAAUCCCUGCCCUUUCAGACAAGAAGGAAACUAUUCCUGGGGACAUAACACCAUAGUCAUGCUUGCUGUAUAUUCCUGUUAGCAGUUUUAAUGCAAUGCAAUAAGAUAUAAAAUACACUAUAAAUGAAAUGUCCAGAAAAUUAAAAUAAUUUUGAAAGUAC